GCGAGCGUGACUUGUGUCGAAUAGAAAGUGAGCGUCGCGUUUCCAGCUGAGCGCGUACUCUCUCCCGGCGCGUGUGCGUGCGUGUGUAUGUUGUUAUUAUUAUCGCGCUCUCCGCCGCGCGCAGAAUGGCUAGAUUCACCCAGACUGAAGCGAGGAGGCAGCAGCAUCCUCAGCAGCAUCCUCAGCCUGCCCACGCCAGCCUGCUCCUUUCUGGACCGGGGGCGGUACCGAGCCAGGCAGCAGCACCACUGCUCCUGAUCCCGCACCAGCCCCAGUACGCGCACAUCACCUUCCCCAAGCCCAUGAACGGCUCAGAGCCCAUCUCCAUCCACCCCGACAACGGCACCAUGAAAGACCAGGAUGCCAUCAAGCUCUUUAUAGGACAGAUCCCGCGCAACCUGGAGGAGAAGGACCUCAAACCUCUUUUCGAACAGUUUGGAAAGAUCCACGAACUGACUGUCCUCAAGGACCGUUACACAGGCAUGCACAAAGGCUGCGCGUUCCUCACCUACUGCGCUCGUGAAUCAGCCAUCAAAGCCCAGAAUGCAUUGCAUGAACAGAAGACUCUGCCAGGGGGUGACUUCAACUUCUACCAAAGUCAUUUUCAGAUGACACGGCCUAUUCAGGUGAAGCCAGCUGACAGCGAGAGUCGAGGAGAGGACAGGAAGCUGUUUGUAGGCAUGUUGAAUAAGCAGCAGACAGAAGAGGACGUGUACCGCCUGUUUGAGCCCUACGGAGUGAUUGAAGAGUGCACCGUAUUACGAGGCCCUGAUGGAAACAGUAAAGGUUGUGCCUUUGUAAAGUUUUCAACACACACCGAGGCUCAGUCUGCCAUCAGCGGGCUGCACGGGAGUCAGACCAUGCCUGGAGCUUCGUCGAGUUUGGUGGUAAAGUUCGCUGACACUGAUAAAGAGAGGACCAUACGCCGCAUGCAACAGAUGGUCGGCCAGUUUGGCAUCUUCAACCCCACCGUGGCCCUGCCGUUCAGCACCUACAGCAGCACCUACAGUACUUACACACACGCGCUGAUGCAGCAGCAGGCAGCGAUCAUGGCGGCUUCUCAUGGUGGUUAUUUAGCGCCCAGCGUGGCGUUUCCAGCGACACAGAUCCACCAGGUGGGGGCGCUCAACAUGAACGGCCUGCCGCCCACCCCGAUGACACCUGUGUCAGGCUUGAGCUCUCCGCCGGCUAAUCUGGCCUCCUCUGCCGUGCCGAGCAUCAUGACUCCCAUUGUUAACGGAUUCAGCGGAAUCCCUCACCAAGCCAACGGUCAUCCGGUAGAGGCGGUGUACACCAACGGCCUGCCGCCGUACUCCACCCAGAGCCCCACCGCAGCCGACACGCUCCAGCAGGCCUUCACGGGCGUCCAGCAAUACACAGCCAUAUAUCCUGCCACAACACUGACCCCUAUAGGUCAGACACUGCCACAGCCUGCUCAAAUCAUCCAGCAGCAACAACAGCAGCAGCAGCGGGAAGGUCCCGAGGGCUGCAACUUGUUUAUCUAUCACCUGCCACAGGAGUUCGGUGAUAACGAGCUAAUGCAGAUGUUUCUUCCGUUCGGAUCUGUCAUCUCGUCAAAGGUGUUCAUGGACCGAGCCACCAAUCAGAGCAAAUGUUUCGGCUUUGUGAGCUUCGAUAACCCCGCCAGCGCUCAGGCUGCCAUCCAGGCCAUGAACGGCUUCCAGAUCGGCAUGAAACGCUUGAAAGUGCAGCUGAAACGGCCGAAGGACGCCAGCCGUCCAUACUGACCACAGCCAGGGAUGCAUACGUGCACUCUCAGUCAUUAGAAGAGGUUUUGAACAGUUGUAGUCUUGACGUUUUGACGGAUGGAAACUUUUCUUGAAAAACUAACACACGAAAAAAAGACUAAACAAAAAAACGACACAAAAAACACACGAAGAAGCAAACAAAGCGGAAAAACAAGCGCAUAAGGGAGUUUCGUGAAGCAUAUCGCAUUUAACGAAAGCGUGUGUUUCGACGGCGAUGAAAGACUGGCGUGACGGGGGACGACAGCGACGGCGGAGACGAGGACGAAAACAAAUGAACUGAAAACUUUUUUCUCUUUUGAAAAACGCUAUAUACCGAACACUUUGGAAGAACAGUGCAUGGCUGGGACUGGUAGAGUUCACUAAAGCAAAAGACAGAUCCAUGCACAUAUCAAAAGACAGCCGUAGCUUUUACUCGUGUGGAAUAAUGAGGGUUUAACGAUAAAAUGUGUAUAUGCCACUGACGCAGUAUAACAAACUCUCUUUCUCUCACCCGUAAGGACCAGAGGACCAAAUCUUUUUCAUCUCUGUCGGUACCGUAACCGUGUACAAUAUUACCACCGAAUGAUUAUCUUACGCUACAUACAUGCUACUUCAUAUAAUAUGCCAAUUAAGAGUUAGACACAAUUAAUUCAGGGUGUAUAGUGUAGGUUUACGGGGACUUGGGGUGUGUUUUAUUGAAAACCUUUGGCGAAAAACUCGUUUCCAGGUUAUGGGCGCAAAACCGUCUAAAGGAUAUUGAUAGAUUAUCUUUAGUGGGGUAUUUUAGGCUCUUGUUAUAGACUAUGAAGUGUGUUGAUAUUGAUUUGGGCACAUUCUGAAUUGCUGUUCAUCGCCACGUCUCGUUUCAGAAAGCUUCCGGGUGGAGAACAGGGCAUUCAAUCCAUCGCGAUAUCAUUUAAUUCAUGCAUCACACUGUAAACAAAUGACCACAGCAAACACAUAACCAAACAUGGAUAUUUUUGCCAAAACGGCUCUUGUUUUUUGAGCUACACAGAUUCACAAGGAAACAUGCACCACCAAAACUCCCAGAGGCUGUUUUUAACCUUGAAACUGAGGAUUUCAUAAAGUCUCAUUUAUCUUUGGUUUAUUGACAUUUUUCAAUUGGUCAGCUUACCAAGUACACAACAAGGCUUAUAUCAGCAUUACUCUCAAUUUAUUUUAUUUUAUUAUUUUAAUAUAAUGAAAGUGCACAGCAAGUCUUACAUUAACAUCACUGACAAUUUAUCUGAUUUUAUUUUAUUUAUUUAGUUUAGUUUAGAUUUGAUUUGAUUUGUCAGCUUACCAAGUACAAGCUGACUCUUAAUUUAUUAUUUUUUUAUUUUCAUUCAUUUUAUUUUUUAUUUUUUAAUUAUUUUUUGUAUCAAAUAAAAAUACACUGCAUGUCAUACAUUAACAUUACUGACAAUUUAUCUUUACUUUAUUUUAUUAUUUUAUAUUUUAUAGUUUUAUUUAAUUUUAUUUGUCAGAUUACCAAGUACACAGCAUGACUUACAUUAAAAUGACUCUUAAUUUGAUUUUUUAUUUUAAUGUAUUUAUUUGUUUAUUUGAUUAUUUUUAUUUAAUAAAAUAAAAAUACACAUCAAGUAUUACAUUAACAUCACUGACAAUUGAUCUGUUUAUUUUAUUUUCAUUUCAUUUCAUUUUUCAUCUUACCAAGUACACAGCAGAGCUUGCAUUAAAAUUACUCUCAUUUGUUUUAUUUAUUUAUUUAUUUAUUCAUUCAUUUUUUUUAUUUUAAUAGAAUAAAAAAUACACAGCAAGUCUUACUGUCAGUUCAUCCGUGUUUGUUGUUGUUGUUUUAAUCACAUUGUAUCUUGUAUAUUAGCUUGCUGACUGCUAAUGUGUAUGUUGCAUUAAGUAUGUUAGUUUGAAAUAGUGCUGAAUACCCAGCGAUAAAUCUAAUGCUUUUCAUACAGCACGAUCGCUAUUUAAUUGAAUUGUAGCACCAGCUACUUCUGUACUGCGUUCCCCAAACACGAGAACAUGUGACGAUAACAGAGGCUUUACUGAAUCCUCUCCUAAAUUAGGUUAAAAACAGCCACAGAGAGAGGUUUUGCUGGUUCCCGCUGCAGUGACGUUUCCAUUGUGAGAACGGGCUGUUUUGAGAUAGAAUUCAGGAAAACCUUUCAUUUAGAAACAGCCUAAAACGUGCCAUAGUAAAGCUUUGAAUUUGUUUCAGUGGCUUACACUGAUAUGCUGUUUGCCAGAAGGGCCUUCUAGAACAUUUAUAUUAGACAAAUCAAACCAUAAAACACAGCACACAGAGAGAUAAGCAGUCUCUGAACAUUUCUAUAGCCUUGAGAGACACUUUUAAAGACAGUAGUUCUCCUCUAUUCAUGCUUUAUUCAGGUAUUUCAUGUGUGAUUACACUUAAAUGAACUUCGUAAUUGCUCAUAGUUACACUGUAUUGUGCAUGCCUAUGUAAACGUAGUACUUAUGUAGAGCCAGGCCACAGUUACGGCCUAAACGACCGAGAAAAAAGGAGAGAAGAGAUGUAAAGGAACAAAAAUGUAUGAAAAAUAGUGUUUAGAGGUGAAAAACCAGCGAGGCCACAUCACCACUGCAAAACAUGGUAAUAUUCAUUUUAAAGUCAACAUGAAAUCAAAAUCGACCAUGUUUGCUUUCUGAAUACACGUUUCUAGUCUUAUUUUGAACGACUCAGCAGUGCGCAUAAUUGCAAAUGAAUAAAUACAUUCAUGUUUACUUAGAAAUACGGCACAUUGCGGAAGUAAAAUGGGUCACAAAUGCUGUUUCGUGUUGACUUUGACAUCAUGCUCAGUUGUUUUGACCCACAGAAACUGUUCAACUUUUUGGACCAAACCUGUUAUGUUGAUAGCAGGAUUUUUUCACGCACAGCCUGUCAUGAUCAGUCGACCGUCCAAAUGUGCCACGUGCCACAACAGCACAAUUUCCUCCAAUCCAAACAAGCGAUACUUUCGCUGUGCCGUCGUCCCAAUAAUAUUUUGUCAGGAAACGAGAAACGCUGCCUCUCGUCUAGGAGUUUAAGUUGAAGCUAAUUUGACUGGACAGCACAUUUCACUCUGGAUCCUGAAAAGUGGUCAGUCUCUCGCUUAAUAUUCAGGGGACAAAGUGGAUCUUGAGUGCUUUACAGGUCAAACAAAGUAUGUGAUUUAAUAUUAAGGCAAAUUUUGAUGGAUGGAUCGCCGUGUGGUUAAUGUGACUGAUGUGUCAACACAAAACUUGAAUCAGUUAGGACAGGUUUCCCUUUAGAAAUGGGCGAAUAUUCAACAGGUCCAAUAUAAAUAAAUAAAUAUUUUCAAAUGUAUUUAUUUAUGCUAUACGUAUAUAUGAUAUUAUUGAAUAUAAUUUAAGAAUUGAAAGAAUUUUUAAGAAUGUAUUUAUUGUAUCAUAUAUUUAUAGCAUAAAUAAAUACAUUUAAAAAUUAUUACAUACAAAUUAUUAUAUUAUUACACACACACUUAUAUAUAUAUAUAUAUAUAUAUAUAUGUGAUAUAUAUAAAAUAUGCGAACCGCAGUUUUGAGGACCAAUGUGUUAUUUUGACAUUAAGCACAUUUUCCAGUCAUGCAAAUUCUCAUUACUGUAAUGCAAAAUCCAUUAUUAUGAGUCAUCAUUAUGUUAUUGUUGAGUUUUGCAAUUCACAUUAUUCUCAUUAGUUAUUUGCUUUAUUUUCUCAUUUAUGCAAUAAGAUCCAAAAUAAACAGCGGAUAUACGAUAAUGUUUAUAAAUUAACAACAAAUGCUAUAAUUGUGUGAGUACGUUUCUUUAAUUUUUUCAUAUAAUGAGCAUGAGAUUUUUAUUUCAUUAUGUUAAUGAGAAUUUGGUACAAAAAUGUCCUUAAUUGUCUUUAAAAAUGUUGCUAAAAAAUAUCGGAAUGGUCUUAAAAUAGACUUUUAUUUUUCAUCCCUAAUACGGAAUGGAUCAUUAAAAGUAGUUGGAGUCCAGCAGGGUCCUCAAACACACACACACACACACACACACACACACACAUAUACGGCUAAUAGUUGCACAAACAUUCCAGUUACUAUCACUCAAGCGGGACGUCUGCCAUCUGUCUGUCUGUCAAUUAGCGAUCAGGGACGGAGCAGCUUUUCAAUUAAACACCGAUCAGAUGAUCAUAGCGGAAGGUCACUAUAUAAUCAACAUUCAAGGGCACAAUUCUGUUCACUUCUACAUCUUCCAUUUAUUCUGUUUUUUAAUAUUGUAAAACUGAACUGUUAGAUGUUAUGUGACGUCAUCAUUCUGAGACGGGACCCAGCGAGAUCACGGAUGUGUUUGGAAAAGCACACUAACAUACUCCUCAUACUGUAUUUGCAGUAUGCAUACUGUUUUUUCUCUACUACAUUUAUCAAAUACACAGUAUGCAACAAAGCAAUACCCUAGCAAACGCAUAGCAAUGAAUUAAAAUUAUACAGUAUUACAGUAUUAUACACUGUAAAAAAAAGUUGUAAAUAACUAAUGUUAUUAUUAACUAAAAGAUACAAUUACAGUUUUUCUACUUCAAAAUUUCAUGUUUAAUUCAGUGUUACUUGCUGCUUCUUUGUAAUUAUUUGUGAAAUUGUGAACUGUCUACAUCUAAUUUCUUUAGAUAAACCUAAAACCAUAAAAAAAAAAACAUUUUUAUUACUUUAAAUAAAAUAAACAUUAACUGAAUAAAAUAAAAUACACAACUUAUUUUAUUUACUGUUUUUAUUUCAGCUAGUUGCCGAGGCAACGUUUCAACUUAAUAUACUAAAAUAACUCAAACUAAAAUAAAAAUAAAAUACAAAUUAUAUAGACAUAUUUAAAUAUAAAUGUGAUAAAACUAAUUUAUUACUAAAACAUAUAUAACAAAAAAAUUACUAAAUAUUUAACUAAAAUUAAAAUGAAACCUAUAUAAAACAAUGUAUACAAAUAAAAACUAAUUCAUAAUUUAACAAAAAAAAUAUAAUAUUAUCUAGAUUAUACAAAAAUAACACAAUUCCCACAGAACACCUUAGCAACCACAUAGCAACAGCCUGGAACUUUUUCGUAAUUAAAUGUACUACUAGCCUGUUUUUACAACUGCGCUGGGAAAAAAAUGUGUGUUUUCACAAAUAAUACAAAGAAACAAGUAACAUGUACUUCAGUCAUUUUUAAUUACAAUUUUGAAAAAUCAUUUUUUUACAGUGUGUUUGAAACUUAUUGCAUACUGCAUCAUUUUAAACAAAAAACAGUAUGUAGUAUGCAGUGUGCAUUAAGCAGUGUAUGCUAGUAUUCCGUUCCAAACACAUCCUGCAUAAAAACAGAACAUUCCUAGCCGUGCGGCAGCUGAUCCAUGCACAGUGGCACAUGCAAUUUUUUGUCCGGAUGUUUCUAAACCUGUGGCUCAUACUAACAUACAUGCUGUACAAACAUGAAUUCUCAUGCUCUAUUUCAAUUUUUAUUCUAUUUAUUGCCAAAAAAAAAAAGAGAAAACUAGUUCUUCUUCUUUCAUAGCUUGCCCUGCCUAUAGUUCUUUAAAUCACUCUUUGUGCAUGCUAAUUGCUAGAGACGUAGAGAGACAUUUUUGUAGUAAAAGACAUAGAAAACAUAAAAAUGCACCAUUUGUUGGUUUUGAUUUUCAACCAGUACCUCCUCGGGUAGCGGUCAAAGCUUCAAGGCGACUAGCGGAGGUCACGCUCUGUAGUUUUCAAGCGUGCUAUCAUGCAGUAAGGAUAUCAUGGAAACAUAGCGCUGCGUUUGGACUCGCUGGACAUGCUCUUCAGGGUUUGGGCUAUUUUGGGAGUAUGUUUUACAAACUGUGUUUUUUAUUCAUACGAAGUUACUACCUGAACUAAGCCAUGUCCUCUUUUCCUUCAUACUCCCCAUAUACUGCCAUAGUCCUCUGCUAGAGCCAACGCUGCAUACAGUAUCCAAACAUACAAACCUCAAGCUUUCCAUCCACGUUUGCUUUUCUUUCCCGCGUCUUUGAUGGAAUGAUUUGUUCCAGCCAAUACUCCGAAUGUUUUGUACAGAAGAAAAUGGUUAUAGAUUAAUCUACUGGUAUGAUAUUCCUAUGAAUGGUUCUCUUUAUAUAUGUCGAGGUAAUGAAUGCGAAGGGACGGGCUCAUGAAAUCUGUAUUUGCUGGGAAUAUUGAUAGCACAGAACGCUUCUUUCAGGUACAUUGGGGAGUUGCGCAAAAGCUCCCGGCGUUUUCUGUCGCGACUGAUCCGGGAUCCGGAGUCCAACGCGAGACCUGGAUCGGCGACAGAAAACAACUCGGGUCGGCUUUGCUAUGGACGAUUGUGUUAUAUCUUAGGGUUUCUUAGCACAAUAUACAAACAGAUGUAAGCUAAAUAAUGAAUCUAUGUUUAAAUGCUAUGGAGGGAAGUGUGGGACACGACCAGAUGUUCCCGUAACGUCUGUACGAUGAGUUUUAAGCCCUUCUCUGGAGGUGUAAAGGAGCAAACCUUCCUUUUCGUUUCAUGUUUGAACAACAACGAACCAGUUUUGUCCCAUUAUCUUCCCUCUUGAACUUGCUGCUUUGACAAUUAAAUGUGUAAAAGGUUUUAAUUACGGUGAUCUAUUUAUUGUUUCGCUCAUUAAUUUAUUUGAUUCUUUUUAUUAUUAGAAUUUGAUCAUUUGCAUUGGUUUAUUUAUAUAUUUAUGUAUGAACUUUAAGUUUAUCAUUUCUGACAUAUGUAUAAAUGAUGCUUAUUGGGGCUUUUUCUGUCUUUCUUCUUUUUUCAAUUUUACAAUAAAAAUUAUA